CAUCGAAGUAUGUGAUCACUGCCGAGACUGAAUCGUAUUCGGUGCGCGGAAAAAUACUUAAAAAACAUUUAAUGUGUGAAAAGCUAUGGAUAGAUUGUUUUUACUUUUAAUUGUAGUUAUACCUUAUGUAGUUUGCGACAACAUCAACAUCAAGACAUACUAUGAAACUGACCUUGAUACAUCAAACUUUUUUCAUGAUCACAAAAAUCUGACGUAUCUGUGUGAUAAGCUUGGGGAGUUCUAUGAAGAGAAAAAUGAUCAAUUUACAUUGCCCAAAUGUAUUCGCUUCAAAUCGACACAAAUACUCUAUUGUCAUGGUGAAAUGAUCAAUUUCCGGAACUAUACAAAUAAGCCAAAACUCGAGAGAAUUGAGCACUUAGUCAUCUGUUAUCACAACACGUCAACAUUCGAUUUAAGUUUGUUGAAAUACUUUAAGAAAGUUAGGAAUCUUCAUAUAGGAUAUAGUUCAUUUAAUAGGUUUUUAGGAAAGUUUCCUCGAUUAGAGCAGCUAACGUUCAUCAAUAUCACAAGAAGUGAGCUUUUUAGUCUCAAAUCAGACGUAUUCAGUGAUUUACCAGCUAUAGAAAAAAUUGAUUUGAGGUACAAUCAGCUACAUAUCAUUGAGAAGCCAUCAUUCGACAGCGCACGUGAGCAAGUGAAAGUCAAACUAUUUGGAAACUUGUGGAAUUGCAGUCAAGCAAAAGUAAUUAAAUGGAUUGCUGGAAAUGAUCCAAAAGUUGAUGUUGAGGAUAAAAAGUCGCUAAAUUGUUCUGAUGCGAAAUUUCGUGCACGACCAUUAUUUACUGUAAUGAGCUAUAAAAUUGCACUAGCAAAAGUAUGUAAAGAAGAUUUAAAGGAUAUAAGGAACUGUUCAUGUCAUAUAAGCUAUUUGAGGUAUGAAGAGGAAUCACACGACUUUAAACCUGUCAUUUCUGUAAAUUGUAGUCACAAGGGAUUCUUCAACUUUCCAGGACGCCUACCUGAAUAUACAAAUUCACUCUAUUUCGACCGUAACAACAUUACAUCCCUCGAUGCUUUAUGUUUCAAAAAUUCAACAUACAACGACGUUCAUGACAUUUAUCUCGACUAUAAUCAAAUUAGAGAUGUCUCAGUACUUGAUAAUUGUCAAUGGUUUGAGAACUUUCGUGUGCUUAAUCUUAAAGGAAAUUUAUUAGAGCGUAUUCCUGUCUUUGCAUUUAUUAAUAGCUUCGAAAAGAGUCAUCAUGCCACAAAGUUAUAUCUCUCAGAAAAUAAUUGGAUCUGCUCGUGUCGCUACAUGCCAAGAUUACUGAAAUUGUGUCAAAAAUAUGACAUAAUUAUAGACAAAAGGAAAUUGCUGUGCCAUAAUGACAGAAAUGAUCCAGAACUUAAUGGCAGAUUAAUAAUGGAACUGACCAAAAGUGAUGUCUGCAAAGCACAUAAUCUCAUACUUAAUACAUACGAAAUAAUGUCUAUAAUAUUCUCAAUUCUUAUUGUACUAAUUCUUGUUAAUCUCUUAUUCGAUUAUUAUCGAUAUAAGAAAAGUGGAAAGUUGCCAUGGAUUGUGCUGCAUACGCCGCUUUUUUAGAAGUCUAUCUUGUAAAUGAGAAGUUUCUUUUAAAAAAA